AUGAAAAAUGUCUCUGAGGUGACAACUAUUCAUCUAUCUGAUUACUAUGGAAUGGAGGGCCUGAAGCCACUGUACUUCUGCGCCUUCCUGAUUAUCUACAUAACCAUUGUUGCUGAAAAUAUAGUGUUAAUUGGAGUAGUUUACUGUGAAAAAAUCCUGCAUGAGCCAAUGUAUUUUUUGCUGUGUAACUUGGCUGUGAAUGGACUGUAUGGAGGCACUGCCCUACUGCCAGCAGUACUCAGCACCUUGCUGUCACACUCAUAUGAAAUAUCUCUUCCCUUUUGUCAGACACAGAUCUAUGCUGUUCACACAUAUGCUAUCACUGAAUUCACCAUUUUAGCAGCUAUGAGUUAUGACAGGUAUGUGGCCAUUUGUUAUCCGCUGCUUUAUCACACAAUCAUGUCACAGAGAGUUGUUAAACUGAUUGUUUUCACAUGGUUGUACCCCAUGCUGGCAUUUAUCAUUGUUUACAAUUUCACUCUUCGGCUGCGGUUCUGUGAGAGAACCAUAGAAAAGGUGUACUGUAUGAAUUACUCACUUGUGAAACUUGCCUGUACAGAUACAUCUGUUGUUAACAUUGUUGGUCUACUAUCUGUGGUUCUGUAUGCACUGCCACAGCUUGUCAUGAUCUUUUAUUCAUAUGCACACAUCCUGAAGAUAUGUGUGUUAUCAUUCAACAAAUCCAAGCUCAAGGCCCUCCGGACUUGCACCCCACACCUGCUCGCCGUAACUAACUACUCUAUUGGCUGCUUUUUAGAAAUAGCACAAAGUCGAUUCAAUAUUAAGCACCUGCCUUACCAAAGCAAGUUGUUCUUAUCUGUGUACUUCCUGAUAUUCCCACCCCUUCUUAAUCCAGCAAUCUACGGAUUGAGUAUUCAAGUUGUGAGAGAUCGACUGUUUAGGCUUUUCAGCAGAAAAAGCAGGCAAGUAACAAAUAAUGUAGCCAAGAGGGCUGCUGGUACCAUGCAUUCAAAGUGUGUCCUGCAUGGUGCUGUGAGGACUGAUGGAAACACAUGACAUACAGAAUCUCCUGUCUCUCCAUGUUGUUUAAUCACAUUUGCUAUUGAAAACAAAACAAGACCAGCAGGCACAGAGAAAAACAUUUGGAGAGUUGAAUUCUUGUCAUGCCAUGUGGGCUUCUUGGAGUAUUACCAGGCUGAAGCUCAGGCCUUGUGCACAUAAUGUGCUGAGCUUCAGUCUGUCUGUCUGUGCCUACGUGGACUAAAUAUACCACUGGGACUUUAAAGCGCACCUUUGUCUUUCACACUGUCUGCUCUGCGAACUCUAACAUGAAUACUGUUUGUUGGCUGAGA